GGCCUGGCCCCACUGGUCCUAAAAUUUAUUAGCCUUGCCUCUCCUACACGACUCCCCCGUCCUGCCAACUGCAAUUCAAAGACUUGCCUCUGUGCAGUACGAAUGGCUAUCAACUACUUGAUCCUGCUCUCGCGGCAGGGCAAGGUCAGACUCGCGAAGUGGUUCACCACUCUGUCACCAAAGGAGAAAGCGAAGAUCAUCAAAGAUGUCUCUCAACUUGUGCUGGCACGACGGACGAGAAUGUGUAAUUUCUUGGAGUACAAAGAUUCGAAGAUAGUCUACCGUCGAUACGCAUCCCUCUUCUUCAUUGCCGGAUGCAAUUCAACCGACAACGAGCUCAUCACCCUCGAGAUCGUACACCGUUACGUGGAGCAGAUGGACAAGUACUACGGAAACGUGUGUGAAUUAGACAUAAUCUUCCACUUUCAGAAAGCCUACUUCAUCCUGGACGAGUUACUGCUGGCAGGGGAGAUGCAGGAGAGUAGCAAGAAGAACGUUUUGAGAGUGAUAUCGGCGCAAGACCAAAUAGAAGAUACUGAGGUCGAUGAGGAAGUUACAAAAAUAAUGUAAUAUGCUGAGCAUACGGUGCCUGGUGUUUGGGCGCAUAGGAAUACAUUACAGUUUCAAGACUCUCA